AUGAACUCGUUCAGGCCAGAUGCGGCCUUCGAGUUCGCUGCCGUUGUUGCCAGUGAGAGGGAGUCGGCCCCCAACGUGACCGUCUUGGUAAGGGGUUGUUUUACCAAAGAGAAGUUAAAAUUCCAAGUUAAGGACAGGAAUCGAUCCAGUCCGGACGUGUUUGAAUCCCGCAUGGAAAAAAGAAGCGAAGUGAAAAAGCAGCCCGUGGGACACUCCAAGCAAGGGGAGUUUGUCAGAUGCGUGGAGGAAAAGGUGGGCACCAAGACAUCAAAGGGAGGUUUCACAAAAGACAAGACGCUUGAUUCGAUUCUUAAUGUUGAGAUGGUGAAAGAAAAGUCAGCGGAGGAGAUAAAACAGAUUUGGAAUCAGUAUUUUUCCGCGAAAGACACGGUUUAUGCUGUUAUUCCUGCAGAGAAGUUUGAUUUAAUAUGGAAGAGAGCCCAGAAAUGUCCAUCGUUUCUCUAUGCUUUGCCAAGAAAAGAAGGCUAUGAAUUCUUUGUGGGUCAGUGGUCAGGAACAGAAUUGCACUUCACUUCCCUAAUAAACAUUCAGACCCAAGGUGAAACUGCUCCUAGCCAGUUGGUCUUGUACCAUUACCCUGAGCUGCAGAAGGAAAAAGGGAUAGUACUGAUGACAGCAGAAAUGGACUCCAAGUUCUUGGUGGUCCACGAAGCACAGUGCUUGGCGAAUCAGGUGCAGCUUUUCUAUGCGACGGAUCGUUCCGAGACCUAUGAAUUAGUGGAGACCUUCAACCACAGAUCGAGUGAAUUUAAAUAUAUGUCAGUUAUAGCAGAGCUUGAGCAGAGUGGACUUGGACGAGAACUGAGACCUGGUCAGGUUUCUGACAAGUCGUAG